CUGCGGCCUAGUGUCAUGCUAUUCGAACUUCCUGGCAACACUGUUCUUUAGAAGCGGGAAGCGGGUGAAAUAUGAAUCUUUGAGGUUAAAAUGAACAAAGCGAAGAAAACGGAAUAUAAGAAAAUUUUAGUAAGAAAUACAGAAAAACCUGUUUCAAAAAGCAAAGUAGUUAUAGAAGAAUCCAAAACAUCCUUAAAAACAGCUUGUACUGAGAAUAUUGCUCCACAGAAAAAACCAGACAAACCAAUAGAAAAAAGAUGUGAGGUUAGUGAAACCAAUUUAGAUUUACCUGAACUUUAUUCAACAUUACGAAUAUCCAAGAAAAUUGAUAAUGUUGUAAAACCAAGAAAAACAAAGAGCUGUUCUGAUGUUGAUAAAAAACUAGCGGUUGAUGAAAAGGUUACGAAAAAAGUUAAUUUUCCAUAUGACCAGACGGUUUAUAAAGACUUAAUUCCAUUGACCUAUAGAAAAGUUCAGAUGCAGCGCCCACCCUCAAGACCUCCUCUUCCUCAAAAAGACAUAGAACCGGUUCUCUCAGAUUUCCUUACUCCAAGGCAAAGUACAGAAAAGCAGUCCUUCUACGCACCAACUGUUAAGGUGGAAAUUGAACCUGUAAUAAUUAGUUGUGACAAUUUGAGAUUAUAUAGAACUCUACAAAAAUAUAAAUAAAACUUUAAUAAUAAUAUAAUAAGAUUGUAGUUAUUAGUAGGUAUAAUAUAUUGUGUUAAUCUUUGUUUAAUUUUGAUUGAAUAUAUAAAUUUUGU